AUGUCCGAUUUUGUACUUGUGCUUCUCAUUUGCUUUUCCGUCAUUGCUGUGUCAGAUGCAUGGAAUCGUCUACUAUAUGUUGAUACUGUUGAGAAGUACUUGGAUAUGUGCCCAGAAUCUGGACACUUGAAAGAACAUCCAUCUCCAGAACCUGAUUUGGAUGAAUGUACCGAAUGGAAGGAUCGUACUUGCUGUCCACGAGAAACAGCUACUCUUAUAGCAAGUGCAACACUACACGGUUUUUCUUUCAAUUUCUGUGAGAAUAUGAGCAAACCAUGUCGUGACUUCUUCCAUUAUGACUACUGCAUGAUAAAGUGCUCUCCUGAUUUGGGCCCUUGGAUUGUUAAGCUUACAAGUUCCAGAUUCAAGGAGAGGGCAUUUAGAAUACCGCUCUGUGAAAGUGAUUGCAACGCUUGGUACGAGGCCUGCAAAGAGGAUAAGGCGUGUGCUAUCAAUUGGAGAUCAGGAGGCUUUGAUUGGUCGGAAGGUACAAAUAAGUGUCGAGAUGGCUUUACGUGUGUGGAAAUCUCUAAGCUGUAUGGUUCAGCGAAAACCUUCUGUGAGCACGUCUGGGAUCACUCCUAUCGAGUUGUGCCAGUAGAAUCUGUUGCUGUUUGGAAUAGCUCAGACAAACACUGCAUGCAUAUACCACGUGGUGGGGGUGACCCAAAUGCUCCGGGCAUAGUUCGACACAAUCACGAGGUGGCGCGACUCUUCGCUACAUCCAUUAUCAAACGCGUCUACGGCGGUGAAAAUUAG